AAGUGACGCAUUCAAAAUUGUUUGACAGUAAGACAAGUGCGCACUUUUAGGAUUUCUGUCGCGAACAGCGACCUGCGUCGGUGUAAAACCUCGGCGUUAUGGCCUCCAGUGGCGGGAUUCAGAUACCGAGCCGUCUGCCGCUCCUGCUGACCCACGAAGGGGUGCUCCUCCCGGGCUCCACAGUCCGCUUCAGCGUAGACUCUCCCCGGAACAUGCAGCUGGUCGGGCAGCGGCUGCUAAAGGGCACCUCGCUGAAGAGCACCAUCAUAGGAGUGAUUCCCAACAGCAGAGACCCCGAGCAGGACACCGACGACCUCCCCGCCUUACACAACAUCGGGACGGCUGGGAUCGCGGUGCAGGUGGUGGGCAGCAACUGGCCCAAGCCUCACUACACCCUCCUCAUCACGGGACUGUGUCGCUUCAGAGUCUGCAGUCUUCUGAAGGAGCGACCUUUUGUCCUGGCAGAGGUUGAGCAGCUGGAUAAACUGGAGCAGUACACGACAUCAGCAGCAGAGGGCGAUGCAGCUGAACAUGGAGAACUGAAGGAGCUUUCACAGAAGUUCUACCAGGCUGCUGUUCAGUUAUUAGGAAUGUUGGACAUGUCGGUCCCGGUGGUGGCCAAGUUCCGACGCCUGCUGGACAGCCUGCCGAGGGAAACGCUGCCGGAUGUCGUUGCCUCCAUGAUCCGCACCUCCAACCAGGAGAAACUCCAGGUGUUGGACGCCAUCAGUCUGGAGGAGCGCUUCCAGAAGGCGCUUCCCAUGUUGACCCGGCAGAUCGAGGGACUGAAGCUGCUGCAGAGAAGCCGGAAAACGAGUCCUGAUAAAGAGAAGCGGGUCCUGUCAGUGCGGAAGGGCGGCGUGUUCCCAGGACGGCAGUUCAACCUGGAUGGGGAGGAUGAGGAUGAGGAUGGGGAUGACAUGGCAGCCUUGGAGAGGAAGAUUCACGGCGCAAGCAUGCCUGAGGCGGCACUCCGAGUUUGUCUGAAGGAACUGAAAAGGCUGAAGAAGAUGCCUCAGUCCAUGCCCGAGUUCGCCCUGACCAGAAACUACCUGGACCUGAUGGUGGAGCUGCCCUGGAACCGGAACACUAAAGACUGUCUGGACAUCCGUUCUGCUCGGACGCUGCUGGACAACGACCACUACGCCAUGGACAAGCUGAAGAGGCGUGUCCUCGAGUACCUCGCCGUCAGGCAGCUGAAAACGACCCUCAAGGGUCCCAUCCUAUGCUUCGUUGGUCCCCCUGGAGUCGGGAAGACGAGCGUGGGUCGCUCCAUCGCGCGGAUGCUGGGCAGGGAGUUCCACCGCAUCGCUCUGGGAGGCGUGUGCGACCAGUCAGACAUCAGAGGACACCGGCGUACGUAUGUGGGUAGCAUGCCCGGCCGGAUCAUCAACGGUCUGAAGAUGGUGGGUGUCAACAAUCCCGUCUUCCUCCUGGACGAAGUGGACAAACUCGGGAAGAGUCUUCAGGGAGACCCGGCUGCUGCUCUGCUGGAGGUUCUGGAUCCGGAGCAGAACCACAGCUUCACGGAUCAUUACCUCAACGUGGCCUUUGACCUCUCCCAGGUGCUCUUCAUCGCCACCGCCAACACCACGGCCACCAUCCCCCCGGCGCUGCUGGACAGGAUGGAGGUUUUGCAGGUUCCAGGAUACACGCAGGAGGAGAAAGUGGAGAUCGCUCACCGUCACCUGAUCCCAAAUCAGCUGGAGCAGCACGGAUUAACUCCUCAGCAGCUGCACAUUCCUCAGGACUCCAGCAGGGAUAUCAUCUGCAGAUACACACGAGAGGCCGGCGUCCGUUCGCUAGAGAGGAAGAUCGGAGCGAUCUGCCGAGCAGUCGCUGUGAAGGUCGCUGAAGGUCGGAGACUCCCAGAGGCUGUGAGCUCUGAGAACGAGUUGCUGCAGGAAGCCGCCCCCCCUGAGAUGCCCAUCGUCAUCGACCAUGUCGCCUUGAAGGACAUUCUGGGACCGCCGCCGUUUGAAACGGAGGUGUCGGAGCGCCUCACCCUCCCCGGUGUGGCCCUGGGUCUGGCCUGGACACCGCUCGGUGGGGAGAUCAUGUUCGUGGAGGCCAGUCGGAUGGAGGGAGAAGGUCAGCUGACUCUGACGGGUCAGCUCGGAGACGUUAUGAAGGAGUCCGCUCACCUGGCCAUCAGCUGGCUCCGAGCCAAUGCUAAAACCUACCGACUCACCAACAUAGCGGGCAGUUCCGAUCCAAUGGAAGGAACUGACAUUCACCUUCAUUUCCCUGCUGGAGCCGUCACCAAGGAUGGCCCCUCUGCCGGCGUUACCAUAGUAACUUGCCUGGCCUCUCUCUUCAGCGGCCGGCUGGUCAGAUCAGACGUGGCCAUGACCGGAGAGAUCACGCUGAGAGGGCUGGUUCUGCCGGUGGGCGGGAUCAAAGAUAAGGUCCUAGCAGCGCACAGAGCCGGAGUGAAGCGGGUCAUCCUCCCGAAACGCAACGAGAAGGACUUGGAGGAGCUUCCGGCAAACGUCCGAGCUGACCUAGACUUCGUUAUGGCCAGAAGCCUGAAAGAGGUGCUGAACGCGUCCUUCGACGGCGGAUUUCCAGGAACGGCGAGCGCCGAGUCACUCCCUGAGCUCAGCAGCAAACUGUGACGGAAACCUGCCAACUCAAAUCCCUGAUCCUGAUUUAAAGUCUGCAGGAAAUGAUGUAAGUUAACGUCAGAUUUAACAGAACCGGCUGGAGGACUUUUCAGUGACACGGACUUCAUUUAGUUUGUAAACGGAUUGAUUCAGAGAAAACAUUUUAAACUAUUUUUGUGACAAAAACAAAAUCUGACCUUUUAACCUUCAAUAUUUAAAAAUGUCUGAUUUCUAAUCAAAGCAGGAGGUAAAUUUAAAGAUACUAAACCAGAUUUUUUUUCAUUAAUGAUAAAAUUGCUCAAGUGUUGAUGUAAUGAUUUGUUCAGAUUAAACUAGAUUAACAAACUGA